CUCUCGUUCGCUCACCCCGCACAGCUGUUCUUUAUUAACAAAUUCGUUAUUAAAUUCAGUGCUCGCUUAGAUUUGCCUUUAUCGCAAUUAAAUACGCCCGAGAAUCCUUCGACGGAAUCGCGAUCAGCGAUACCGGCUCGUUCGUCAGAGGUGCCGGGAUGACGCGAUGACGGAGCGAAAAUCUCGAGAGCCCCGCGAGCGCGCAGUUGGAAACGAGAAAACGUCGGAUAAUGCGAGAUGGCGCGCCGCGCUAUCGGCCUUGGCGUUUCGCAGCGAACGCGCGCUUGGUGUGCCGCGGCUCCAGACAGUCGGCCACUCGCACCACGACGAUCAACGCGCGCCUCGUUCCGCGGAUAAACAGCUUUCACUCGCGCGCGUUCACGUAAAAUAACGCGGAAUCACUUGCCACCGUCGCGCUCACGAGGGCUCAUCGUCAUCUCGAAGAAAUUCAUAGGUAACCGAGCCUGCAACUAUGCGCUCGAGUGCUACCAAUUUUUCAAACUCGUUCGAAAUAACAAGCGGCUUGGUGACGCUUAACGCAACAGUGUCGAUUUUUUGCGCCGUUGUACAACCACUGCGUAAUCGAUUAGUCGACCUUUUCGAAUGUGCAAUCAAGAUCAACAGCUUUCAGAGAACAUCCAAGCCGGGUAUAAAAAGCGCGGAAGGGAUAAAGAAGUAAGCAGGAAGCGGCAAGCUCGAGUCGAGGACUCUGCGUCCACCGAUUGUCCAGGCAGGUCGAACGGACGAAUGGCGGUGGCGGCGAGGGCCGCGUUGCUGAGCGGCAUCGCGAUGAUCGCCUGCUGGCAGUGCGCGCCGAGCGAGGCGCUGCGGAUCCUGGUGAUAUCGCCGCUGAACAGCAGGAGCCACGACGCCAUGUCGGACCGGCUGGCCAAGGCGCUGGCGGCGCGGGGCCACCAGGUCGACGCCUACAGCCACCACCCGCCCAAGAAGCCGCUGGCCAACUACCGCCACCACAGCCUGGCGGGCACGCUGCCGGCCUUCACCAACAACAUGAGCUACAGCGAGGCGCGCCAGUUCCGCGGCGACCCGCCGCGCCUCGUGUUCAAGCGCAUCGUCGAGCCCGUCUGUGAGCUCAUGGGCCUGCCCGUCUUCGAGCGACUGCUGCGCGAGCCGCCCAGGGACCCGGCCUACGACCUGGUCGUGCUGCAGAUGUUCGUCGCGGACUGCUACCUGGCCUGGGGCCGCCACCUGGGCGCGCCGCUCGUCGGCCUCUCGGCCAUCUCCUCGCUCGACUGGUUCAGCGGGGCGCUCGGCAACCCCUUCAACGCGGCCAUCACCCCGGCCUUCGCCACCGACCUGCACGCGCCCAUGGACUUCUGGCAGCGCCUGUACAACGCCGCCUGGUCGGCCUUCGCCUCCCACAGCCUCGGGCGCAUGUUCGCCGAGCAGCACUCGUUCGUGGAGCGCUACUUCGGCGCCGGCUACCCCAGCAUCGAGGAGCUGCGCCGCGACCUGGACCUGCUCGUCGUCAACUCGCACUACUCGCUCGACGGCGUGAAGCCCCUCACGCAGGCCCUGGUGCCCGCCGCCGGCAUGCACAUCUCGCCGGAGGACAACGCCACGCUGCCCGAGCAAGUGCAGCGCUGGCUGGACGCAAGCGAGCACGGCUGCGUCUACUUCACCUUCGGCUCGAUGCUUCGGAUCGAGACGCUGCCGAGGGCGGCUCUCGAGGCGAUCUACGCCGCCUUCGGCAACGUCGCCCCGGUGCGCGUGCUCAUGAAGAUCGCCAGGCCAGAGGCGCUGCCCCCCGGGCUCCCUGCCAACGUCAUGCCGCAGCCCUGGUUCUCUCAAGUCCAGGUUUUCAAGCACAAGAACGUCAAGGCUUUCAUCACGCACGGCGGUCUGAUGAGCUCCAUCGAGGCCAUCAGCAGCAAAAUCCCCAUGAUCGGCAUUCCGAUAUUCGGCGAUCAGCCCUACAACGUCAAGACGAACGUUCGGAAGGGCAUCGCGACGUACGUCGACAUCGACUCGAUCACCGCGGACAAGCUUACUCGAGCGAUCAAAGACGUUCUCGACGACCCGUCUUAUAGAGACAACAUGAACAGACUGUCGGAGAAGUUUGUCGAUCGACCGAUGACUCCGCUCGACACGGCCAUCUACUGGGUGGAAUACGUCGCGAGACACGGCAAAAGGUGUCUGCGAUCGCCACUCGUCGACAUGCCCUGGUGGCAAGCUAACUUGCUCGACGUUUACGCGUUCGUGGCCUGCGUGCUUAUCCUCGCUUAUUACAUCCUCAAAUUCCUCGUCAAGAAGAUUUGCGGUGUCUGCUGUGCAAGCAGGGAUCAAAGUUCGUCGGGUAAACUGCAAUCUAAAAAGAAGAGAUAAGCUCCGGUAGCGUCAUUUUGGCAGAUUUUCUACGAUUAUGUUACCCGUGGAUUGAACUUGGUGCUCACUCUUGUAUGUGGUAACGGUACAUUCGCCAUCUCAUGGUGGCAUGAGAAUUUCUUUCAGAUCAAAUAUAUGUAUGACAGCGCACGAGUUUAAUCAACAUUCUAGUCUUGUGUAAUUCACAUUGACAAAUACUACAUUUCAAUUUCCUAGCGAAAACCAAUUAAUUCCUAAUAUUAUGCCUCCAAAUAAAAUGUCAGAUUGCUGGACGAAGCUUUCAAUAAAUAUACUCAAGUUGAUGAGCAUUCAUUUGAAUAAUCUAGGAUCUCAGAGAAUGCGAACGUAGGCCUGCAGCGGUAAUAUCGGCUACAAUUAAUCAAAGCAAGGCCAGUAGCAUUCGACGUGAAUCGACAUAUCAGCUCUGCCGCAGCUGCUUGCUCGUUGCUCCUUUGAUUCUAUCGCUGCGGCACAGCCUGUCGUGCGUGAAGAGCCUUGCCCAAAUCUAAGAAUCGCAUAUCUCACGACACCCAGGCACAACUAUCAAUUUUCAUUAGAUCAGUACACUACCGUGCAGUGUAUUCACAAGAAUCCAACCAACUGUUCGAACGGAAUCACAUUUACUGAAAUGAAGGUGAAAACUGAAAUGAGUGUAUAUAAUGCACCGCGCAAGUUCCAUGACACGCUGUAAGUUUUAUUUUGUCAAUCUUUCUUCAAGGCUCCUUGCACCCCGUACUUUUUCGAGUACGAAAGUCCAUAAAAUUACUUAACUCGAACGAUUUCCUAACGCACUUCGAUUUGAGCAAACCAGUGCUUUAUUUACUUAGCGUUUACUCAAUUCCAGUAACUUUUUGAAUUCGAGUAAUCCAACAUGAGAGCACGUCAGUACUUUUUUGGAAAAUUAACGUUAUUCGAAUACCUUCAGAUUUGAUCUUAAUAAAAUUUUUUAUAUUAAAAUUCGUAUAUGCAACCUUAUGCAUAUAUAAGCAAUCGUUAUUUUAUUAUAAGUUAAACUAUAUAAUUCCAUAGACAAGUGUCAUCGUAUUAAUGGUUUUAUAAAUACAUUAUAUAAUUAAGUAUAAACUGGUAAUUUGAGAUAAAAAAGAACAAUUGUUUGUUC